AGCUCCAAGGUGGCUUGUUCCAAAACUUUCAAGGAGGAUGGACCCAGGGCCGUUGCAAACGCUUAAAGCAACCGUCUCGGCACUGAGCGAUGCUGACCUCGGGAAAGGGGGAGACAAUCUUGGGGACCUCUUGCCCGUCAAGACGAGGCAGUCGUCGGGAGACGUGUCGGGGAUAGAGACCGAGGUGGUGUGCACGGCCUACGCAGACCGGAUCCUCGUCCUCGUCACCCAGGUUGGAAAGCUUGGCUGCUUGAUGCAGGCCAAUGUCGUCAAUCCCACAUCGUCGACGCUGCAGUCGUCGCUCUCCACGAUGGGCAGACGCUAUGAUGUCGAUCUGGACCUCGAGGAGGAAGAGGCAGCUGGGAUGAGCGAAGCGGCAGAAGGUGGCGGAGCACAGAACAACGACCUGGACCUCAGCAAUGUGAAUCUGACAACGCUCUUCGGCACACCGCCCCCCGCGCUGGCGGACCUGUAUCCACUGUAUGCGAUGCACAUUGCCAAGUACAUCGUGGGUGCAGGAGGAGCAGCAAGCGGGCACGCAGAAGAGCGGCCCAUUGUCGUUGGUCUGGCGCUCAAGACUACGAGCAAGGGAGCAGAGGCACAAACCAGGAACGGCCUCGACGACAACGACGACGACGAGGAUCUGGAGGUGGUUGGACAAGGGGAAAAGGCGAGAUUUGACGGCAUCAUGGAUCUUAUCUCUAGAGCACGGGUCUGGUGACCGUCAAGUGUAGAGCAUAAUGGACUGUUUUGCUUGUACAAUGGGCAUGGCACAGCUGUAUCUUCUUGUUGUUGUUGUGAGCUCCGACUUCUUCCUUUCGAGAGACCUCUUUGGAAGCAAAGCGUUCCC